AUGUUGCAUGGAAAGUUUGACUGCAAAAUGAGCUGCUUUACUCCCAAAGUGCUGUCUGAUAUGAAUUACUUCCUCACUUGUUCUCCUAUCGUUCGAUCUAUGGCACUACAAACUUCAGCAACAUUGCUGGCAACAGCUGGUGAAAACCUGUCAUUUCCUACUCCUCCUCAAUCUGCUUGUAUUCAGAAGGGCCAAAACAAAGUCAUCCUCCCAAAAGAACACAACCUAGCAUCAAUGAAGUCUUGCCUGAACCAGUCUGUAUAUGUAACCUAG